AUGGCACCUAGACAAAGGACAGACGCGUACGUGCUCGGCGUUGGACUUACGCCGUUCAUCAAGCCCAGGCGGAUGCGAGAGUACCCAGAGCUCGGGUUCGAAGCUGGUGUUAAGGCCAUGCUUGACGCUCAGAUCAACUACGACGACGUCGAGAUGGGCGUUGCUUGCUAUUGUUACGGCGACACUACGGCAGGGCAGAGGAUAUUCUACCAAUUUGGCAUGAACGGCAUUCCCAUCUACAACACCAACAACGCCUGUGCAACGGGCAGUACAGGCUUGCAUAUGGCGAGAACGCUCGUCCGCAACGGAGCUGCAGACUGCGUGCUUGUCAUCGGCUUCGAGCAAAUGAGUGCAGGGAGCAUCAAAUCCAUCUGGAGCGAUAGACCGAGCCCGAUGGGCUUGAGCACUAAGAUGAUGGAGGACACAAGAGGAAAGUUCGACAGCCCACGGAAUGCACAGUACUUCGCGAAUGCAGGCCGGGAAUACAUGGAGAAGUAUGGCGCCCGUGCAGAAGACUUCGCCGAGAUCGCCCGCAUCAGCCAUGAACACUCCCAACGCAACCCAUACGCACAGUUCCGCCAGAACUACAGUCUUCAGGACAUCAUUAAAUCACCCAUGAUCCACGCACCCCUGACGAAGCUACAAUGUUCACCCACGUCUGACGGCGCAGGAGCGGCAGUCAUCGUGUCCCAAAGCUUCCUUGACUCGCGACCGCACCUACGCAGCCAGGCUGUCCUCAUAGCGGGCCAAGCGCUUAUGACUGACACUCCGGCUUUGUUCUCCAAGAGCGCUAUGGACCUCGUCGGCUUUGACAUGACCAAGCGAGCUGUGCAGACCGCCUACAAAGAAGCCGGCGUCAGCCCGAAGGAUGUCGGAGUUUGCGAGCUACAUGAUUGCUUUUCCGCCAACGAACUCAUCCUGCUUGAAGGCCUUGGUUUCUGUGAGCAGGGCAAGGCCCAUGAGAUGGUGCGCCGAGGCGAUAUCACGUACGGUGGCAAAGGUCCCAUCAUUAACCCAAGCGGCGGCUUGAUCUCGAAGGGUCACCCACUUGGUGCCACUGGGCUGGCGCAGUGUGCUGAGCUUUGCUGGCAGUUACGCGGAUGGGCGAACAACCGUCUAGUUGAUGCCAAAGUGGCCCUGCAACAUAACCUAGGUCUCGGAGGUGCCGUCGUGGUCAAUGUGUAUAAGCGUGCCGAUGGUCAAAGCAACCGCAAGUUGUCCGAUGAAGAGAUCAUCAAAGCCUCACAGUUCGACUACAACCCUGCGACUGAGGCCAGGCAUCCCAUCGUCCAGGACGCGGACAAGGUGCGGAGUCGGACAAACAGGAAUGAUUACGCGCUUGGUGAUACUCAGGAGAAGAUCCAGGCUAGGCUAUAG